UUGUUAAUCUGUCAGUAGAACCAUAAAACACCCUUAAAAACCCGUGUAACUUCAACCAGAGCCUUUUCAAUGUAGUGAAGAUACGGUGCAGGAGUGUUUCAGAAUACGGUUCGUACUCUCAUUUUGACUACAGGGAUGAGGAGUCGGGUGAUUCAGAGUCCUUGUUCAUCACUAAAACACCUUUGUAAACCCCAAUAACUUGCACUACGUCCUGUUGAAGGUAGUCGAGAUAAGGCGCCGACAUCUUUGAGAAUGUAGUGUCUUAGUUUCCUUAGUUUGAAAGCCAAAUAGGAAAACAAAGAUAUACAAGAAAAAAAAGAAAAAAGAAAAAAGAAUACAUCAUGUCUAUCUGGAAAACGAGAUAAAGAAAACGGGAAUUGCAUCAUGAUUAGAGAAAAAAGCCUAGUGGGAGCCGAUGUCAAGGCUUAUCCCACACCUACAACUGAACUGAAUUGAACUGAGGUGGGCAGGACGCGGGGCAGCUACCGGCGGCUGACCUCCGCGGGGCGACCUUUACCCCAGAUGCAGGCGGGGCGGCUGGCGGAACCUCUGGCCGCUCCUCACCCCGCCACGCUUGUUGAGGAGGACAUGAGGCACUUGUUUGAAGAUAUCAGGAAGGAGCUGGAGUCUCAGUUUGAGCUUCAGCAGAUCGCCAAAUACUAUUUCGACGGGCAGGGGAAGGCGGUGCGGCCACUCAUCGCUGUGCUCAUGUCCCGGGCUAUCAACACACACCUGCACGACGAGGACAGGCUGCUGGACUCCCAGAGGGACGUGGCCAUGGCGGCAGAGAUGAUCCACACGGCGUCCCUAGUUCACGACGAUGUGCUGGACGUCUCUGACACGCGGCGCGGCAAGGCUUCCGUCAACAGCAUCCACGGCCAGCGCAAGGCGGUGAUAACUGGUGACUUCAUCCUCUCCGUGACGUACGCCAUGAUAAGCAGGAGGUGCUGCCCAGAUGCCAUCAUCGCCAUGGGAGAGAUCCCCAAGAAUUUGAUACACGGCGAGUUUUUGCAGAUGGGCUCCAAGGAAAAUGAGAACGAAAGGUUUGCUCAUUACCUCAAGAAGACCUUCCUCAAGACAGCCUCUCUCAUUGCCUACACCUGCAAGACCGCGGCCAUCCUUUCUGGAGCAGAUGACAGCCUGCAGGAGGUAGCCUUUCAGUACGGCCGCAACGUGGGCAUCGCCUUCCAGCUAGUGGAUGACUUGCUGGACUUCGUGUCUUCCUCCAGCACGAUGGGGAAGCCCGCGGCGGCUGACCUCAAGCUGGGCCUGGCCACCGCGCCCGUGCUCUUCGCGGUGGGGCAGUUCCCGGAGCUGAACCCAAUGAUAAUGCGGAGGUUCCAGGAGCCCGGUGACGUUCAGAAAGCCUUUGAACUGGUGCACAAGAGUGACGGGUUGGAGCAGACGCAGUUCUUGGCUCGCCAGCACUGCCAGGAAGCCAUUAAGGUCAUCAGCACCUUGAAGCCCUCAGAGGAACAGAAAGCUCUCAUCACCAUAACAGACAAAGUACUCAACCGCAUCAAAUAGUGUAUGGGGUGAUCCAAAUUGUGUUCGUGGUUUUUCAUGUAAUAGGUGUUAGAAUAGUAAUGCCGCUCUCUCAUGACAAGUUUUUAUGUUAAUUUAGUGACUGUACAGCCGUCUGGCGAAAGACUUGUGGACGACACAAUGCAACACCGCUCUCAGUUGAUAAGCUUUAGAAUCAAGUAGACGAGUGGACUGUCAUGUGAAGGGAGACUUACGAUUUACAGUGCAACAUCGCUGAUUGGCCUUGCAACUUGUUUAGUGACUCCUCUGCCACAUGCUGGAAGACUUCGUUAAUUACUUAGAAUAACGCUGCCCUCUGACGACAAGCAACGGCAGUGUUAGACAGCUCUAUCAACUUUUCGGACAGUUUAGCGAAUGCACUGCUGCUGAAGGAAGACAUGAACUAUCGGGUAUGCGCAGUCCCCUCCACGAUUACGUUCUUCACUUGCAUGGCCUGUGUGUGAUCUGCUGAGAACCGCCUGAUUCGACUCGCAUCCGAAACGAACCCCACCUUUCCCUCCAUCAUCCUCCAGCUUACUCGUACUGACUGUUUCGGAUACGAAUCGAAUCAGGCGGAGAGGUUUAUAGCAGGACGUGAUUCACACAUUGGCAACGCUCAGUAAUGAAAGUGGAAGUGGAGGGGAUUGCACUUAUAACUCUGCUCUCAAUCACCAGUCGUUCGAACUAUUUUGGCCGAAGCAACUCCCGCACACGAGGAGACCUAAAGACGCUCAGGACACCACAGAGACUCGAGUGUUUCCUUGACUCGACUUGACACGACCAUGACAGCUGCUCCUGGGAACCCUUUUGACGUUUCUAGUACCUUUUUUUGCAAGACUCCCAUGCGAGUUUGAAAUCCCGGGAACUGCACUGAAGAAUUUUAGUGUCACAUCCCAAUUGUUAAACGCUAAGGCCAUGUGGAAGUUACUGGAGUCUUUAGAGAAGUUUCCGUGAUGCUAGUGAUAAAAUUCUACAUUAUCACGGGGGGGAAAGCACCGAUGAGGGUAAUAGUUUUUUGUGGUCUUUAAUAUUCCUCGUGCAAGAACAAAGUCUCAAAAUGCUAACCUCUCUUUGAACGGAUACAUUCUCAAAGAUACAUAUAUAUAUAGCAUUAAAUUACCUCAAGAUCAUCUAGAUAUCUCCUCAAGGUAUGGCCAUUGUCUUUAUACACUUGCCUUGGGUGGGAUUAAUGACUUGUGUGUUUUAACCUUUAUAUAUGUACUUGUUUUUUGUAGGGUGAAUUCACUCGCAAUUCCCUGUUUACUGUAAUUCAUGUUUACUGUUGUGUGUGUGGGGGAGGGAGGAAGGGGAGGGAGGUGCAUGAAUCGCCUCGUACAGUAUACAGCUUUAUUGUCAUGUAACUCAGAGAUAUACUACUAUGUAUUGUAAGAUGAAGUGAGUGCACUAUGAUGUAGUAGCAUAACUAUGAUAAUUGCUUAGUAUUAUAGAGGAAUAUAAUGCAUAUCUGCUGUGUGUGUGUGUGUGUGUGUGUGAGUGUGUGUGUAUGUGUGUGUGUGUGUGAGUGUGUGUGUAUGUGUGUGUGUGUGAGUGUGUUGUCUUCAUUUUAUACAGAUCCUUAAUCGUCAUGUUCAUUCUUAUGCAGAGUUUUGUUUCUCAUUAUAUAAGCCAUCAGCUGCCAUGAUGUUGAGCAAUAUAUUGAAUAGCUUUUUUAUAUCAUAUUGUAGAUAUAUAUAGAUUUUUUUUAUAUUGUAAGAUGUAGUUCAAUAAAUCAUUAUACACAUAAUAAA